AUGGAGGACCUCCAAGUUUACCAGCAAAGAAUUUGCCGACUUCACAGAACGUUGGGGUGUACACCACAUCACCUCGUCGCACAUUACCCACAGUCUAAUGGACACGCUGAGGCUGCUGUCAAGGCUGUCCAAGCACUUGAUCCUCAAAACGGCCCCCACAGGAACAUUGACCGCGAGGAUUUCGAUCGUGGUCUCCUCGAGUUAAGAAAACACACCCAACCGUCUGGUCGCUCUCCUGCCCAGAAGCAUGCCGAGUUUACAGAAAGGAAAGGACUUCUCGAAAUAGACCAUCAGUUCAGCCCACUGGACGGCGACUUUCACCCACUCAAUGGGAUACAUGCUAUGAGGGACGGGAUUCCCGAGCAGGAGAAUUUAGACGCUGGAGAAAAUGAAGAACAAGCAGCCGACGAUAAAGUACAAGAAGAAGACGCUGAUAAUGAAGAGGAGGAGGAGGAGGAGGAGGAGAACGAGGAGAACGAGGACUUUGUCGAUGAAUACGCAGAGGAACAUGCGGGACCUGACCCCGUAGGAUCUGAAGGAGGUCAAAGAGCAACCUGGGCACGGCCCGGCACUUGGAAAUGCCCAGCCGGGAGAGGUGGGGCGCGGGGACAGUCCCGUUGGAGAGAAGAACAGUGA